UCCUCCUCUGCCACCUCGAGACCUUCCUUGGCUUUCGUUCUCGUCUCGACUCCGUCGCCUUGGCCCGAUCAACCUACUCGUACUCAUCAUAUCCGUUACCACUGCUCGUCGCCAAGCCCUAUACGAUAGAUUUACGCAAAAUACGCCCAGAACAAUAUCAUCAUGCCGGGUCACGACACUCAUCUCAAUGGCCUCGCGGCUCAGAAUCGGUCGGAUCUUCCUUCAGUCCCAAAACCAGUACACGCCCAACAGCCCAGCCCGCAUCAGCCAAUGGAGCUCCAGCAGGUGUCACAGAAUCAGGAUCAGGAGCAGAAUACCCCCGACGAACCCGAGUUGAAGCUUAGGGGUGGCCGCAACGGCGAAAUGUGUCCUGGUCGAUUCUGCUUCAUCAUCCCUUGCCCGAUUCCCUGCAACUUCUGCGUCUUCCCGUGUCCCUGCUGAUCCGGCCCAAAGCCUAUCGGCUUGGAUAGGGAGGACGUGUACGUGUGGGCUCCACUUCGAAUGGGAGCAUGGUGUUCAGUGUUCACCUCAGUAGGCCGUCGCAAAGCAGCGGACAAAUCAUGUCGACAUUCGGGUAUUCGAACGUCGUGCUUCAUGGAGAGGUCCUAUUCGAUGACGCUUCAAGCAUUUCAUUGCAUUCGAUGGGCAUAUGGCUUUUGGUGUUUCGCGCUUCUAUUAUUCUUGUCUUUCCUCAUUCCUUUCCCUUUCCCUGUUUGUCCCCGAGCUCCGUGGCGUAUCUGGCGCUUUCUCUUGAAAUAAAUAAGAAACACAUUGGCAUAUGAAUAUUCGGCUCCGGUGAAGAAUCAGCAAC